AUGUCUUCCUCAUUAACUCCUAGUGAUGAGGAGAAGAGUAUUGAGGCGGUACGAUCUGCUGAGGAAAAAGAACUCCCUGCAGAAUCUAUGGAACAAAGUAGCGAUGCAGUCUCAAUGAGCGAAAAUCAAAAUACCGAGCAUGAUGGCUCGAAUCCCUCAAAAGAAAACGACGCCGCUGAACCUAUUGUAAUAGAUUGGGCUGAAAAUGACCAGGCAAACCCAAAAAAUUGGUCAAAGAGACAUCGCUGGGCCGUCACUCUGAUUAUGGCAUCAAUUACAUUCAUCUCGCCUGCAGCUUCUUCGAUGGUUGCACCAGCAGCUGCUGAUAUCGGUCGAGAGCUACAUCUGUCUUCAGAUAUUGAACUUCAACUGGUGGUAUCAGUUUAUCUUUUAGGCUAUACUGUUGGACCACUCUUUCUUUCUCCAAUGAGCGAGAUCUAUGGCAGAAAGUGGAUAAUCCAGUGUGCUAAUGCUGUCUUUUUAGUCUUUAACCUUGCCUGUGGAUUUGCACAAACUAAAUCCCAACUUAUUGCUUUUCGAUUCCUUACCGGUCUUGGUGGAAGUGCACCAUUAUCAGUGGGCGGAGGUAUUUUAGGUGACAUAUGGACUUCUCAUGACCGUGGUAGAGCUAUGAGCAUUUACUCAUUAGGUCCAGUUCUGGGACCCAGUUUGGGUCCUAUUGCGGCGGGCUUUAUUGCAUCUAAUACAACAUGGAGAUGGAUUUUUUGGGCAAUCUCGAUACUUGAUGGCGUUGUUUUGGUAAUUGCCAUCACUCUUUUUCAAGAAACUUAUGCUCCUACUAUCUUGAAGCAGAGAGCAAACAAACUGACUAAGGAAACUGGUAUCAAACAUAUCUCCAAAUACGAAGAUACUUCACUUAGUAGAAAGGAAAUUUGGACCAAGAACCUGAUCCGUCCUUUCAAGUUACUUUCUACUCAGCCAAUCAUACAGUUUCUGACUGCUUACAUGGCAUUCAUUUAUGGCUUGCUCUAUCUUAUUUUGACCACUUUCCCCAAGCUUUGGACUGAACAGUACGGUGAAAGUACCAGUAUCGGGGGCCUCAACUAUAUUUCAGUUAGUGUCGGGUAUCUUCUUGGAGGCCAGCUCAGUUCAAUUCUUGUAGAUAGAUUGUACAAAAGAUUGGAAGUGAAAAACGGUGGAGUGGGCCGGCCAGAGUUUAGAAUUCCACUUAUGUUUCUCUCAUCAGUGGUGUUACCAAUAGGACUGUUUUGGUAUGGAUGGACAGCUCAGGCUAAAACUCAUUGGAUCCUGCCAAAUAUUGGAGCAGCUAUUAUAUGUUUCGCUGGUAUGAUUUCUUUUGGAGCUCUACAAAUCUACGCAGUAGACACCUACGGACGAUAUGCUGCCUCAGCCCUGGCCGCUAUUGCAUGUAUUCGAAGUGCUUGUGGUUUUGGAUUCCCACUGUUUGCUCCCUAUUUAUAUAAUGCCCUAGGCUAUGGCUGGGGCAAUUCGUUGUUGGCAUUUGUUGGUUUUGGUGUUGGCGUCCCUUUACCCAUUGUGUUAUGGAGGUAUGGUGCUGAACUUCGCCGUCGUUCCCCAUACGCUGUAGAAGAUCGUGUCGAUUGA